CCUCUGACUACGCCACUGCACCCACGAUGCGUCCUCUUCCCAAGCACCUGCCAUUGCCCUGGACGCUCGCUCCCCUGCUCCUUCUCACCUCACUCGUCGUGGCCACCCACCACGUUUGCACCUGGAAGGAUGCCGGUCCUGAUUCUCCAGCGACGUACUGGUAUGAACACUAUUGCACCGCGACACCUCAAGUCAGCAACGACUCGCAUGCAAGGUACUAUUGCCCCAAGAAUCAAGGCAAUGGGGACUUCGUGGCUGACUAUGGGUAUUUGAAGGCGGAGACGAUCAAUUUUGCAAGCCCUUGUUCAUUCAAUGGCUACUUCAAGUUUCGACAUGACUGCCACUGGCCGUACAUAGGCGUCUGCAUCGGCGAGGCCGGCCCAACAGUGGACGAGUCGAAAAUCUCAUGCCUCUACAUGAGUUCGAAAGACGAUUGCGAAUGGCCCGAUCGAUUUCCCGCGGGAACGUACCCAGCCAAGGUUGACAUCUGGAGGAAGAGCUUUUAGUGUCUGAGUCUUGAGGGAGGGUGUCGCGCCACUACGAGAGACU